AUGACAGAGGAUAAAACGGAUGCUAGACAACGAGCUUCUAGAUCUGCUACAAUGAAUAUAGUUUAUGGCAGUAUAGAAUUUGAGAUUUCAAAAGAUGUUGAUGAUCCGGAUGUAACUUGUGUUGAGAAAAAGAAAAAGGGAUAUAAUGUUGGGAAGUAUUGCGUAAUUCUAACAAAGGAACUAGAUCCGAUUCUUGGUAAGGAAUGCCUUCAGGAGUAUAAAUGCUAUACACAUUCCAAGCCGAGAGAUUUGGAUCCUGUAAACUACUACUUCUACACAUCGUACAACAGAUUUUUUCAAAAUGGGAUCAAAAUAGACCCAAAGUCUUUCAAAAGUCUCUCGGUCUACUACUUUACCCAUGAUACAAAGAACACAACACCCCUGUUCGUAGAAGUGAAUCAAAAGAGAAAGGAGUAUUACAAUCCAACUUCAACCGAUGUCUGGAUAAAUAUUGGUAAACUGAAAGGUUCAAAACUUGACAAACGAUUUAGGAAAAUAGUAAAGAAUAUAGAUACAUAUCCAGUUGUAGUGAAUGUGGAUUACACAAAUGGAUACUAUAUAAAUGGAUAUGAGGAAGAUAACUACAUUAGACAGUCGAAAAUACCUCGCAUUACCGUAAAAUACACUAAGAAUAUUCCAUAUGGAUACACAAUGAGCAUCCAUACUAUUUAUUCUCAGGUGUAUGUAUCAGGUGCAAACCAAUUGAAGUAUAUGAAAGUACUUUAUACACUCCACAAGGGACAAAAAAUAAUUUUUCAAACGGAUAUUCCUUCACCAACCUACAACGAAGUCAGAGUCUAUUACUGGUCUUUAAACCUUGAACAACCUCUGAUUCUACAGGUUGGAUAUGAUUUUUACUAUAUGAACGGAGACUAUUGGAUUUAUUUUAGCUAUAUUAAUGAAAGAACAUUAUCCAACUACCUAGAUUCUGCAAAUUGUAUGUUUAACAGCGCCCAUAUUUUUGAUAUGAAUAAAUUUGCAAAAUAUAAGUGCGUGAGUUGUUUUUUAAAGGACAUAUUUGUUGAGAGAAUAACAGAUAAGACCACAAACUGCGUAAAAUUCACCCAUAAACUGGAAGAGAAAUAUUCAUUCAACAAAAUAGAGAACCGCUCUAAAUUACAAAAGGGAUUACAAGGCGCUCUAAACGUAUCAGAAGUUUCUAUUUACUAUGACUGUGGAAAACCAACCCUCAUUGAAAUUAAUUCCGCCGCUAAAAAGUUAACAUAUGAGAGAAAUAAGGAGAAACAGAAUGAAUGGAAUACUGUAGAAAGCUCAAAUACCACUUGUGAAUGCAAGAAGACUCCUGAAGUAAAACCCAAAGAAUCCAAAGAAACAAAGCUUUUCGAUACCCUUGACAGCCUCAUAUACAGCAGUGUAGCGCUUACACUAGACAUAACAGAGAUAACAGACAAAGUGGUCACAGAAUUAGGACAUCCAAUCAUUACAACAACUGUAGCCUUGGUAAAUGAAUCAUUGAAAAGUGACCAAAACUUAGUUUAUGACCCUGGUGGAACCACAGAUUCAGGAACUGGCGAAUCCCAAUCAGCAAUCACCGAAACAAAUAACCCCGCAACUAUUAUAAAAAUUGUAGUUGGAGGAGUUAGUGGCUCUAUAAUCGCUUUACUGGGAGGCCUUGAAACUCUUGCAUUUUUUAAAUAUCCAAAUAAAAGCGUCAUAAGAUCACUAGUUGGCAUGUUCAACAAGUCGCUAGACUACAAACCUUUAGAACAACUGAAUGGCCUGAUAUUCUUGGGGACCCAAAAUUUGGGAACCUCUGUAACUCAUUUCUAUCAAAACAUUCCAAAGAAUGUAGUAUGA